AUGCCGUCCAUGAACCUACCCACGAGCUUCGGGCCCUUCUCCGCCCUCCCUCGCGAUGCUUCUCCCCGCUUGCGCAUCAUCCAAAACUGCCAGAUGGGCAUCGCACUCCUCGCCGUGCUCGCCGCCUUCUUCACCCUCGUAAUCCCGUCGGAGCGCAAGUUCUUCACGUUGAGCCUCCUCUACACGCCCCUCCUGACCUCCAUCACUACCGUCUACCUCGUCCGCCGAGAACAGAGGCGCGCCGUCGCUGGUACCCUCUCCAAGCAGAGGUAUAUCAAAUACCAGUGUUUCAAGAUGGCGGCUGCGAUUGGCAUGUCGAUCAUAGGCUUCAUCGGACACGUCGCUAGUACACCGGCUAAGGGAGAUGCACACUUUGCUGGAGAGCGUGGACUGUGGAUCAGUGGAGUCAAGAUCAACACAUGGCAGGGACUGUUGCUUUGGUUGAACUUCUUCAACUGCUUGUUCUACUCUUGCUGCAUGACUGGUAGACAGCAGGGCUCCAUUGCUCUCACUGGCGAGGAGGCACGCAUUGGCAUCAACCCUGAAGAGGCUGACGACGAGGCUAUUGCUCGUGCCCUUCAGGCUGAGGACCCCAACUGGCAAGGAUAA